UGAUCCCGCUGCUGCUCUCCCAGCUGUGUAGCCUGUUCCUGCUUCUGCUUCCUUCUGCAGAGCUUUCUGCAUUGAGGCUAAGCAGUGAAUGUGUUGGACAGGAAUCCCUGAAUCUUCUGCAAUGGAUGUUUAUUUGUCAUUCUUUGUGCAGUCCGUAGAUGAUUCCUGGUUUUGGACUCAAACUGCCCAGGAAUGCAUAUUGCCUAUUGAGGAAAGAUUGGAAAUUCACCUGCUGAUCUUUAAGAUCUGUGCCAUGCCUUGAACUGCUCUCCUGGCUACCCUAAUUCUACUCACUCUUUCCCGACCAACCCACAGUGUCUUGUUCAAAUUUUUCUCAUUUUUUUUCCUUCUCCUUACUGUUUCUACUUUUCCUUUCCAGUGUUAGCCCUGGAACAAUCUCCAGAUUUGGUGAUAAAAGAAGGCCAGUCCGUGAAUAUGCAAUGUUCAAAGAUGCAAUCCUCCAGCACAGCUAUGUACUGGUUUGUGCGGCAUUCAAAGAAGAAUUCCAGUCUGACCCUACUGGCUUCUGCAAUAGAAGGUGGUAAUGCAGCAGUGGAGAAGGGUUUUGAGAGCCAUUUCAAGAGCAGCAAGAUAAAAGGAGACAGUAUCACCCUCUCAAUAGAACAUGCCUUUCUCAAUGACUCUGGCACAUACUACUGUGCUGAGAGUGGUCACAGUGGUGAGACUGCCGAGGGAGCUGAGCACAAACUUCUCCCUGCACAUACAGGACCUGCUUUCCCCCUUGUGGGUUCUGCAGGAGGCUUCUCACUCAUUAGCUGCUGUGCUUCCUAGCCUUGCCUUCCUCCUCUUCUCCGAUGUUGAUAGUUUGUAUGUCCAUUUUUUCCCCCUUGCCACUCCAGUCCUUCCUCUGCAUUUAAGUCUUACUUGAACUACACUUGAUUCUGUCAGCCCUUCUUCUCCUCUCUGUCUCCCUUCCCUUACCCACCCUCAUAGUUCUGUCUUCAAUCUGCACUCCACUACCUUCAUCCCAAUAUCUUUGCUUUUUUCUCCCACUUCUUUAGAGGAAUCUGGGGUCUUCCCUGAAUCUUUCUUGUCAGCUUAGGGAAAUGAUUGCAAUGGGACACACUCAGAGCUACAGCAGAGGGUUUGGGAGGAUCUGGAGGCAUUGCUGCUCUCCUCCGCUGACAGGACACAGGGGAACAUCUUCACUGCAAAGCCCAGGACAGCCUUGAGCAGUCUCCUCACUUGAUUUCCUGUAUGGGCCAGGCUCACACUGCCGUGCACACAGCACAGCACGGAUGGGCAGAGCCUCUGUCACGCCUCUGUACCCAAACUCAGUGCACACAAACUACGAGUGUCUCUUCCUGCCUUCAGAGGUGUCUCACUGCCUUGGUCAGGUGAACAAGGCUCUGUGCAGAGAAGAGGACAUGGUUUUCUCCAGCUCUGCCCAUUUGUGUCCUGCUGCUCUCUUGCAGAGUGCUGCAAUAAAGAGGCAAGGAGAAUAUUCAUUCUUCUCUGGCAUGGAGAAGGUCAGUGUGUAGCAGCAUAUCCUGAGGGGCACAGCCUUCUCCUCAGAAAUCUUUCUGAGGUGCAGUCUCUCAAGGGACAGUCCCAGUACAGAAGCAAAGACAGCCUGUUCUCCCCUUGAGAUCCCCCUCUGGAGUCAGAGAAGACCAGGUUCAGGACUAUUCUCUGCCAGGCUCCAAGAGACUCAUGCUUGGCAGGUCAGCAGCUCUUCCCAUACCUGGGUAUCACAUCAGGCCUGACUGGAGUAAGCAGUGAUUCCACAUUGCAGCUUGCUGGGCUGGGAGUCUGUGAGUGUGAGGUUGGCUUGGCAGGAGACAAACAGAGGGACACAGACACAAACAUGCGUUCCUAAGAUCUCCUGCACUUCCCAUCAAUUUCUGCCAUUUUGUGCAUUCCUGUGCACAUACUCAGGCUGCCACACAGCCCUAUCCUGCUCUGUGAUAGCUCUGAACCAUGCUACCUACUGAAGUCCCAGCUACUCCUGCACAGCCACGUUCACACACAGCAGGGAGCCAGAGGAGCAGAGUACAAGCACCUCAUGACUGCCUGCAGGUGUCAUUGCCCACCGUUCCUGGACAGCCAACAGCCUUGUGACAUUUCAGACUCCCGCUCACUCCCCUGCCCACCCACAGAGAGACGGAUCUCGUCCUCUCCACUUCUCCUCUUUACACACCUCUGUGUCUGUGCUGUCACCAGGGGCAGGUGGCUGGCAGGAAGGGAUUUUCUCUAUGGAUUUCCAGUGGUUCCUUGUGGCCAUGCUGCUCCCUGUGGGCUGGGCCCUUCAGCAAUCACCAGAUACAAUCGUCCGGGUGGGAGACACCGUGACUCUGUGUUAGCCCUGGAACAGUCUCCAGACAUGGUGAUAAAAGAAGGCCAGUCCGUGAAUCUGGAAUGUUCCAAGAAGAAAACUUCCAACAGAGCUAUGUACUGGUUUGUGCGGCAUUCCGAGAAGAAUUCCAGUCUGACCCAGUUGGUUUAUGCAUUCGAAGGUGGUAACCCAGCAGUGGAGAAGGGUUUUGAGAGCCAUUUCAAGAGCAGCAAGAUAAAAGGAGACAGUAUCACCCUCUCAAUAGAACAUGCCUUUCUCAAUGACUCUGGCACAUACUACUGUGCUGAGAGUGAUCACAGUGGUGAGACUGCUGAGGGAGCUGAGCACAAACUUCUCCCUGCACAUACAGGACCUGCUUUCCACCUUGUGGGUGCUGCAGAAGGCUUCUCACUCAUAAGCUGCUGUGCUUCCUAGCCUUGCCUUCCUUCUCUUCUCAGAUGCUGAUUGUUUGUAUGUCCAUUUUUUCCCCCUUGCCACUCCAGUCCUUCCUCUGCAUUUAAGUCUUACUUGCACUACACUUGAUUCUGUCAGCCCUUCUUCUCCUCUCUGUCUCCUUUCCUUUCCCCAUCUUCUUCUUUCUGUCUUCAAUCUGCACUCUGUUGACAUUCUUUUACUUAACUCCAGUCAAUCCUGCAUGUAAUUCUCACUGUCAGAAAAGAACAA